AGGGAACGCUUUUCCAAACAGAGACAUAAACAGGGGAAAGUUGAGCUUCUGUUUUCUACAUUUUUAUAUUUCUAAUCUCUGUUAUUAUUGUUGGGAUUGUAAUAAUGAGCCAGCGGCAGGUUUUACAAGUGUUUGAACAGUACCAGAAAGGAAGAACACAGUUCGUGCAAACAGUUGCCGAGCUGGCCAACAGACCCCAAAAUAUUGAAAUACUUCUAAAUGCAGGUGUAAUGUCCCUCCUGAGACCUCUUCUCUUGGAUGUGGUCCCGACUAUCCAGCAGACGGCCGCUUUGGCUCUUGGAAGGCUCGCCAACUAUAACGACGACUUAGCCGAGGCGGUGGUGAAGGGAGACAUCCUGCCUCAACUCGUCUAUUCUUUAGCCGAGCAGAAUCGCUUCUAUAAGAAAGCAGCAGCGUUUGUUCUUCGUGCAGUUGCAAAGCACUCGCCUGAGCUGGCACAAGCCGUGGUGGACUGUGGUGCACUAGAUGCUCUGGUCAUCUCACUGGAGGAGUUCGAUCCUGGAGUAAAAGAGGCUGCCGCGUGGGCGCUGGGUAACAUCGCCCGCCAUAACAGCCAGUUGGCUCAGGCGGUGGUGGAUGCUGGUGCCGUUCCUCUGCUCGUGCUCUGUAUCCAGGAGCCUGAAAUCGCCCUGAAGAGGAUCGCUGCUUCGGUUCUGAGCGACAUUGCCAAGCACUCACCGGAGCUGGCACAAACCAUAGUGGAUACCGGAGCCAUCGCCCACCUGGCACAGAUGACCUUGAACCCUGAUGCCAAAUUGAAGAGACAAGUGUUCUCGGCUCUUGGCCAAAUCUCCAAGCACUCGGUGGAUCUGGCGGAGCUGGUGGUGGAGGCAGAGAUCUUCCCUGCCGUGCUCGGAUGCCUUAGGGAUCCUGAUGAGUACGUGAGGAAGAAUGUCACCACGCUGAUGCGAGAGAUCACAAAACACACCCCUGAGUUGUCCCAGAUGAUGGUGAAUGCUGGAGGUGUAGCAGCAGUGAUCGACUACCUCGGGGACUCUAGAGGAAACGUACGACUUCCCGGGAUCAUGAUGCUCGGCUACGUGGCUGCACACUCAGAGAACCUCGCCAUGGCCGUCAUCGUGUCGAAGGGGGUUCCACAACUUGCUAUCUGCCUGGCAGAGGAAACCGAGGAUCACGUCAAGGCUGCCACAGCCUGGGCGCUCGGGCAGAUCGGCAGUCACACUCCUGAACAUGCACAAGCUGUUGCUGUUGCCAACAUCCUCCCCAAGCUGCUGAUGCUCUACCUGGAUACACACAGCUCUGAGGACCUGCAAGUCAAGGCCAAGAAAGCCCUGAAGAGCAUUCUACAGAAGUGUACCUACCUACCAGCACUGGAGCCUCUUCUAUACGAAGCUCCCAGCAACGUCCUCAAACACGUCGUCUGCCAAUUCAGUAAGGUUCUUCCUCAUGACAGUAAAGCUCGCCGUUUGUUCGUGACUAGCGGAGGACUAAAGAAGGUACAGGAAAUUAAAGCUGAACCUGGUUCUGCUCUUCAGGAGUACAUCAACAUCAUCAACAACUGCUACCCUGAGGAGAUAGUCAGGUAUUACUCACCUGGAUACUCAGAAGCUCUGUUGGAGAGGGUGGAAAACUACCAGCCGGCUUAAGCACAUCGUUUUUCAGAAGCUUUAUCCAAAUCAGCUUUUAAUUUUUAUUAAACAGCUCAUCAGGAUUUAUGGCACUGAUGUAAUUCUGCAUUU